AUGGGGUCCCCUAGCGGGGCUGGGGGCAAAGGUGGCGGCGGAGAGGAAGGCACGCCGGUAGGUGGUUGCGAUGUGGGAAAGUUAAGAGGCAUUGGAGGAACACACCACAUACGCGGGACCACGUUGAACCGUGGCCCCAUAGGUGGAGGUGGUACGGAGAAUGGUCGAAAGGGUGGCCCAGGUUCACCAUACAUGAAGCCAAAGAAGCUGCACGGAAACAAAAUAAUCGCGCCAAGACAAGACAAGCACUGCCCAAGCGCAAGUGGAUACCAACUCAAAGAAAUUCGUAAAUGCCUACAAGUAAACGAAACUGUGAGUGGUUUGGUGUCCGUGGCACAGAUUGACCGGGAAGUUCUAGCAAGUAGGGCAUCGAUCGCCGCAACCAUGACAACUACUGGAUCCCCGCCGAAAUGUCAGGCUAGCCACACAAACUGCUUUGGCACGAACAUGUCCGUUUGUUCAGAUGUGAUAGUUCAGAGGUCUACGGUUGCCGCAUCCAAUUCGACACACAAUAUUUUAAUGGGUUUAAUUCGCAUUGCAUUUAGCUACACUGAAGAAGUUUUGCACAUUUUAGCACAAACACGAUGGUAG